GAUGUUUCUCAGUCUUUGUCAAGCGGUGAGAGGGAGAGGAUGUGCGGGCGGAGUGUGUGAGGCGCAUACCAUUGUUGUUAUUGUUGGCGUCCCAGGAUUUGUUUGGCAGAGUGACAGGAUUACAGUGAACAGUGACGCCCCGCUGGAGUUAAGGCACGCCCACCACGCCCGCCACGCCCCUGCACCGCCCACGAGGUGAUGACACGCCAUGGCUGAAAGUUACCACACUGAACACGCUCCCCUCCUUGGCGCCUCCUCUCCCACCCACACUUCCCCUGCCCCCAUGGCCAUCCACGCCCCUCCACCUGCCCCUCACGACCCCCUGUUACCCCCAUGGCCCCCUGACCACCCCUGGGGCCUCGAGGGACACGCACAUAGAACAAAAGUUAGGUCACAAUCUAGUAUGGACAGUGGUUGUGAGUGUGAUGACGGCCCCCCCCCCACACCACACCCACACCCCCCCCAGCCUGGUCUCUCCCCCCUCUCCCCCUCCCAGCCUGGUGGUUCUGGCCCCCCCACCCCCGGCACCAGUGAGGGGGCGCCAGGGGGUGUGUCUACGGGGGGCACAGUGCCAGAUGGUGCCUCGAAAGUUACGUUUAGCUUUGAUGGCGAUGAUGAUGAUGAUGAUGAUGAUGAUGAUGAUAGGUGCAGUGCCAUGGGCGGCUUGAUGGUGCCAAGGGGUGCCAUGAAUGCCAUUGAGUCAGCUUCCCUUAGUGGCUCUGAACCUGGUGAAGGAUUUAGAGAGCAAAUCCUCCACCACUCACAAGGAUUUCCCAGAGUUCCAUCCUACUCUAAGACUGGCGUGCUCUCAUCAUCGUCAUCAACAGCUUCAAUGCCAAUGUGUCGGAUCUGCCACCACCCACAAGGGGAUGGCCUGGACACCUUGAUCUCUCCCUGUCGCUGUGCUGGGACGAUGCAGUUCAUACACCAAGGCUGCCUCAAUAAAUGGCUUGAGGUGAAGAGAUGCAAAAAGGCGCCAGUCUGUGAACUUUGCAAUUACCAGUUCCACAGACACAAAAAGUUCAGGGUUCACCACUGGCAGCUCCCAUCAUGCACCAGGGCAGACAAGAUCCUCCACUCCAUCUUCCUAGUGUGUCUGGUCGUCAUGGCAACCUGCGCCACCAUCACUAUUAUAUGCUUCAAGCAGGUGACGGCCACCACCACCACCACUACUACUACUGCUGCCUCUACUGCUGCCACUGAUCCACCCCUGCCACUGCUACCACCGCCAUCAUCACCUCCUCCUCCUCCUCUUCCUCCUCCUCCUCCUCCUUCUUCUCCUCCUCCUCCCAGUUUUGAUAUUCGAGACCGCGUUCCCCCGAAGAAGGAUGACGCAGAAUUGACCAAAUCUGAAGUGGUGACCUUGACGUGCGGAGUGCUCUUCUUUGUGGCUUUCUUCGUGGCCAUGUACGUGGAAGUGAAGGCUCGCAACACUCUCUACAGGCUGUUCACCCGUUUUCUAUAUCUCAACCAAACGUGGCAUAUUGCAGAGUACGACAAAAGGAGAGACUCGCAGAUGGCUGGUACUGGUGGUGGUGGUGGUGGUGGUGGUGGUGGUGGGGGUCAGAGCCAUCAUGUGUCAGUUUAGCAUUGUGUGUGUUUCGGAGAGUGUCUGUGUGUGUUUGUGUGUGUUUUACUGAGAGAGUGUGUGUGUGUGUGGGUUUUUUUUGCGUGUUUGUGUGUUUGUGUGUGUGUUUGGUUUACCGAGAGAGAGAGAGAGUAGGGUUUUUUCUGCCUGUUUGUGUGUG